AUGGCCGCAUCAGUCAACAAGAAUGCAACGUCCAGGCUAUUCAAGGGAAUGCGACUGGGAGAGAUUGAGCUCCAACAUCGUGUCUGCAUGGCUCCUUUGACGCGUUUUCGGACCAGCGAUUCCCAUGAGAUCUUGUCAAUGGCCGUGGAGUACUACACGCAGCGCUGCUCAACCCCCGGAACGCUUAUUAUUGCGGAGGCCUCGAUGAUAUCCCCAGAAAAUGGCGGAGUCCCCAACAUGCCUGGCAUCUAUACCGAGUCUCAGAUUGGAGCCUGGAAAGCAGUGACGGACGCUGUUCAUGCCAAAGGCUGCAGUAUCUUCUGCCAACUGAUAGCUGUGGGACGAGCAUCGAAUCCAGACCAAUUGCAGAAAGAGGGCGGGCACAGACUGAUCAGCGCGAGCGCUUUACCGAUCGAUGCAGCAUCUCCAACGCCGAGUGAGAUGACAGAGGAACAGAUCCAGCGAGCAAUCUCGCAGUUCGGGCAAGCGUCAAAGAAUGCCAUCGCCGCUGGGUUUGAUGGUGUUGAGAUCCACGGAGCCAAUGGUUACCUGGUCGAUUGCUUUAUCCAGAGCGUCAGCAACCAUCGAACCGAUCAAUGGGGUGGGGACAUCGAGAAACGAGCCCGUUUCGCAGUGGAGGUCGCCAAGUCUGCAGUCGAAGCGGUUGGAGCAUCUCGUGUAGGAUUCAGGAUAAGUCCAUGGAGUUUGUUUCAGGGGAUGAAAAUGGAUGAUCCGGUGCCACAAUUCGUGCGUCUGGUUCAACUAUUGAAAGCAUUGGACAUCGGGUAUCUGCACAUUAUCGAAUCAAGAGUCACCAACAGCUUCGAUGUUGAAAAGACCGAGGGCAUUGAGCCCUUCCUGGAAGCCUGGGGUCAGGAGAAGCCUGUCUUGGUCGCCGGAGGCUUCACUCCGGCUGUGGCAAUCGAAGCUGUUGACCGUGAAUAUCGAGACUACAACGUGGCAGUCGUAUUCGGCCGAUUCUUCAUCUCGACUCCCGACCUACCGUUCCGUGUGAAGAACGGUCUGCCCCUGAAUGCCUACGACCGUUCGACCUUCUACGCGGCAAAACAAAAGGAGGGGUAUCUGGACUAUCCUUUCAGUCAGCAAUUCCUGGAACAAGUCAARGUCUGA